AUGUCAAAGUUGCGACAACAUCAUGAAGAUUGUUAUAAUCGCUUUAAAAGAGCAGAGACUGAGAGGAAUGAGAGUGAAAAGAAACAUCUCAAGCUAUUGCAUGAUCAGGUCACUAAACAGCUGUCACAAAAAGAUUGCUCGCUGUCCCCGUCACCCACUGAAGUAUGCACAUCUGAUACACCAUCACAUUCACCACUUAAUGUGCCGCAAUCCUCAUCACCUUUGCCCUGUGCUGCAUCCACCGCAGGGAAUGGCUUAUCACAGGAACCUGAGCCUGUCUCAUUAAGGGAGUACUCAUGGAAAGCCCUCAGUGAUUCAGAUGUUACAGACUACAGCGAUGUUGACUAUGUACCCAAGAGCAGCUCAGACGAAUCAGAUGAUAGUGCUUCUGGAUAUAGCAUGGUUGAAAGUAGCUUAGAUGAAGCUAAUGAAAAGACUUCUGGAAAAGGUAUGGUCAAAAGUUCUCUGAAAAAUCCAACUUCACCUUUUUCACAAAGCUAUAAAGAUACAAGCAGUUCAUCAGACACAGGCGUGACAACACCAUCACCAAAUGCUAAAGUGCAAUGCAAAACCAAAGAGACAGACCCCUCUUCUGAAGAUAGGUCUUUUAUUCAAUCAAUGCCAUCACCUGUGCAGGAUCGCAAGUCAUAUAAGAAGCAGUAUUGUCUUUAUUGCUCUAAGCCUUUUUCAAAAAUGAAAAGGGGCAACUUUGCCCACAACACAGAUGUGGCAAGAAAUGGACAUGGAGAGAUGGUUGCCUGCUACCGUCCAAAAGAGAGCAAAAAAGCCAAGGAUUUCAUUCACUGUGUUUACUGCCAAGGGCUUUACAACAAGCGUAGCCUUUGGAAACAUUUAAAGAACUGUCCUCUGAAACCUAAAGAUGAUGAAUCCAAGGGCAGGAAAAGAGUCCGAUCACUCUGCGCUCUGAAAACUCCAGUUGGUUUAGAAGUGAGCAAAGGUUUAAAGAAUAUACUUUCCAUUAUGAACUAUGAUGAAGUUUCCCGUGUUGUUCACUCUGACUGCUGCAUCAUGCAACUGGGGGAGCACAUGUUUAAUAGGAUGGGAUCUGAUGUUAAUAAACAUGACUACAUCAGACAGAAGAUGAGAGAAGUUGGCAGACUUCUUCUUGAAGCAAGGAAGAUUACUCGGCUAAGAUCUAUGGUGGACUUCAUCAUUCCAGCAAAUUUCAAACAAGUCAUUUCAGCUGUUAAAGUUGUAUCUGGCUAUGAUGAAGAGAAAAACUGCUACCGCAUUCCCUCUCUAGCUCUCAAACUUGGUCAUUCUUUAAACAAGAUCUGUAGUAUUGUUGAGAGCAAUGCCAUGAUGUACGGAGACCAUCAACGUGCUGAGUGUGCUCGAGACUUCAGAAAAAUACACCAGGCAAGAUGGAACGAAUACAUUUCUGCUGGUGCUUUAACUACUUUAAAAGAAGCCAAGUGGAACACGCCUCAGAUCAUUCCUUUCACUCAAGAUGUCAAAGUUCUGCAUGCACAUCUGGAAAAGAAACACAAACAGUUCCUAAGCAAGCUCAGAAACUGCCCAUCGGCAAAAAGCUAUUCAGCUCUUGCUAAGGUCACAUUGACGCAAGUCAUCCUGUUCAACAGAAGAAGAGAAGGUGAGGUAUCACGAAUGCUUUUGGCAGCUUUUAAAAGCAGGGAUUCUUCUGAGCUACAUGAAGACCUAGCGAUCUGUCUUUCGGAGUUCGAGAGAAAGUUGUGUCUGCACUUCACCCGAGUUGAGAUCCGUGGUAAACGAGGGAGAAAGGUUCCUGUGCUUCUCAAGCCUUCAAUGGUUUCUGCCAUGGAGCUGCUUGUUGAAACACGUGAGGUUUGUGAAGUCCCAGCUGAGAAUCCUUUUCUGUUUGCCAGAUCAGGAGCAAUGCCUGCAUACCGAGGAGGAGAGUGCAUUUACAGAGCUGCUCAGGAAUGUGGCAUAAAGAAUCCAGAAGCACUGUCAUCAACUAAGCUGAGGAAACACAUAGCAACCAUGUCAAAAAUCUUGAACCUUGAUGAGAACGAAGCAGAUCAAUUGGCUGAUUUCCUCGGUCAUGAUAUCAGAAUCCACAGACAAUAUUACCGCUUACCGGAGGGGACGCUGCAGCUGGCAAAGAUGAGCAAGGUCUUGUUAGCAAUGGAAAAGGGAACACUCUCAGACUUCAAAGGAAAGACGCUUGAUGAGAUUGAAAUUGACCCAAAUGAACAAUUUGAACCCCUCGUUAAUGAUAUGUCAAGUGAUGAGGAGGAUUGCAGCGACCCAUCUCAGUCAGCAUCCCCAGAAGAGACGGCUCAACUGUCUGGAUCACAAAAGGAUCAAAGUUCUUUAAAGGCUCCAAAAAGAAAAUGGGAGGACAUUGAGGUAAAAGCAAUAGAAAGGCACAUGAUGAGGUUCAUCAAGACAUGCAAAGUUCCUGGUAAGCAAGACUGUGAAAGAUGCAUUGAAGCAGAGCCAGAGGCUUUGAAGGAGCGAACAUGGACUGGCCUGAAAAACUAUGUGCGAAACAGGAUCACAACUCUCAAAAAAAAGGGUGCUUUGUAGCCGUGUAGAAGUAAAAUGACUUUUCAAUAUUCAGCACUUUUUUGAAUUUUGUUUCAUAAGCUGUUCACCACUAUGUGUUUAACACUUUUUCAUUUUCUCUUGAAAAAACAGUUGUUAAAAGUAGAAGUGAAAGGGAUGAAAAGAGGGAGGAGUGAAAGUGAAGUAGACGGAAAAGA